AGAUUUUUUUCAUUUUACACCUGUGAAUUUUCUCCAAUCCAAAGAUGGCAGCAAAUAAGCCUAAAGGACAGAAUUCAUUGGCUUUACACAAAGUCAUCAUGGUGGGGAGCGGCGGUGUAGGAAAAUCUGCUUUAACACUACAGUUUAUGUAUGAUGAGUUUGUUGAAGAUUAUGAGCCCACCAAAGCAGACAGCUACAGGAAAAAGGUGGUUCUGGAUGGGGAAGAAGUGCAAAUUGAUAUAUUGGACACAGCAGGGCAGGAGGACUAUGCUGCAAUUAGAGACAACUACUUCCGAAGUGGAGAAGGCUUUCUCUGUGUCUUCUCUAUUACAGAGCUGGAAUCCUUUGCAGCGACAGCAGACUUCAGGGAGCAGAUCUUAAGGGUAAAAGAAGAUGAGAAUGUUCCUUUUUUGCUAGUUGGUAACAAAUCAGAUUUGGAAGAUAAAAGGCAAGUUUCUGUAGAGGAAGCAAAAAACAGAGCUGAUCAGUGGAACGUUAACUAUGUGGAAACUUCUGCAAAAACACGAGCUAACGUUGACAAGGUAAUAACCGACCUCUUAAUACAAAGAAUCUCUCCAUCAGUUUUUACUUUAUACCUCUUUUCCAUGGGUCACACUCUAUGUGUUCGUUAUUUAACAAUUACUUUUGUUGAAUUUGAAUCAAAUACUUUUCUCCCUUAGCUUGCAAGGAGCGCGUGACUAGGUGACUUCAUGUAGAACAGUGAACAUGUUAGGCAU